GGCCGAGCUAAAACAUGGAGGGGGUCCCCAACCUCCUCCCUGUGAGCUGGGGGGGUGUCCUUGUGGCCCUUCCCCAGUGCCUGCCACCAAGGGUCCCCAGGGCCCUCCCUGUCCCCUCCCCAAGGAAGCUCCUGCAGCCCCUCUGCCCGCUGUGGGUGUUGCUCCCCCAGUGGAGCUGGAACUUGUGUGUCCCCCCCUCCCACCUUCCUUCACAAAAUCCUCAUGGUCCCCAGCAUUUCCAGUCCCCGAUGUCCCAAAAGCAGCGGGGCUCGGUGUAGAGGUGCCUGCUCCCCGCGGGCAGCAAUGUGCCCCUGUGCCAACCCUGCCCCUACCGUCUGCUGUUCACUCUGAAGCCUAAUGAUGGCGUAAGCACCAGGGGGGUUACUUAAUUCCUUGCCACCAAAGGCCACCUCCGUCAGGGACAGGGCUGCCUUGGAGCUCAUGCCCUGCUUGGUGCCCGUCACCAGUGGUGCUCUCUGGUUGGGGGGGGUGUCAGGGGGCUGCAAUCCCCUCUUCUGGGGUCUGUUUCACCACUCUCCACCUGGCAGCGGGUCAGAGCUGGGGGGAGUGGAGGGGGGCUCCCAGUGCACCCCAUUUGGCUGUGUUGUGUAUGUACCAGCUCGUGUGCAGUGCCCCCCCCCUUGGGACCCCCAUGGAGCCACCACUGAGGAGGAAGAGGAGGAGAAGGAGGAGGAGGAGGAGGAGGAUGGGACUAACCUUGUGCCAAAGCGGCCUCUGCUUUCAGACCUCUUCUCCUCUGCGGCUGCGGGGCAAGGAGCCAGGGACGGACCUUCCUCCAGAUCCCACCUUCCUCCUCCUCCUCCUCCUCCUCGGCCACUAGGGACAGAGCCAGACCUUCUCUGCGGAGCAUCCAUCGCCAAGGCCAUGGCAGCCCGACCCCAGGGCUGUGAGAAGCCCUUCCACAUCAUCUCCCCCGUCCUGGAGAGCCUGCCCCUCUCCAAGGCCGCCGGCACCAAGGUCUACAUGAAGCUGGAAAACGUCCAGCCCUCGGGUUCCUUCAAGAUCCGGGGCAUCGGCCACCUCUGCCAGGAGGCUGCCAGGAAGGGCUGCCGCCACUUCGUUUGCUCCUCAGGGGGGAACGCGGGCCUGGCGGCAGCGUAUGCAGCCAAGAAGCUGGGGAUUCCAGCCACCGUGGUGGUCCCCAGCACCACCGGCCCCACCACCAUCCGCAAGCUGGAGGAACUGGGGGCAGAGGUGGAGGUCUCUGGCAAGGUGUGGGAUGAAGCCAACAGGAGAGCCCUGGAGCUGGCAAAGACCGAGGGCUGGGUCAGCAUCCACCCCUUCGACCACCCCUUGGUGUGGGAGGGUCACGCCAGCCUGGUCCGGGAGCUGAAGGACUCUCUGGAGACCAAGCCGGACGCCAUCGUGCUGGCGGUGGGCGGCGGGGGGCUGCUGGCGGGCGUCGUGGCCGGCCUGCACCAGGUGGGCUGGCAGGACGUCCCCAUCAUCGCCGCCGAGACCUGGGGGGCUCACAGCUUCCACGCGGCACUGGAGGCCGGCCAGCUGGUCACCCUCCCCGACAUCACCAGCGUGGCCAAGUGCCUGGGAGCCAAGACGGUGGCGGCGCGGGCACUGGAGUGUGCCCAGGAGUGCCAGGUCAUCUCCCAGGUGGUGGAGGACACGGAGGCUGUGCGAGCCGUGGAGCAGUUCCUGGACGACGAGCGGAUGCUGGUGCAGCCGGCGUGCGGGGCCGCCCUGGCCCUGCUCUACACAGGGCGGCUGCAGCGGCUGCAGGGCGAGGGGGGGCUGCGGACCCCCCUGGCCUCCGUGGUGGUGGUGGUGUGCGGGGGCAGCAGCAUCCAGGCGGCCCAGCUGAGGGCCCUGAAGGACCAGCUGGGGAUGGAGUGACGCCCGUCCCCGAGGGAGGGGGACACGACAGAGCCCUCCCGGCCCCCUCUGCUUGUUUUCCUUCCCAAAUCACCGAAAUAAAGGCUGGUGGAUGCAGCGCCGGUGUCAUCCCGCAGCCCCAGCACACAGC